GGUGUUUGACUGCAUCAAGACUAGACCCUGCCCAAUUGCUUGAAGAAGCGAGAUCUCCUGUGCAGGAGCAACAGAGACCGUCCAGAAAGCUUGUUAUCCACUUCUUGCUAUGUCUCUGUGGCCACCUUGGCGAGGCCGAGGGGAGAAGGACCCAAUGGGGGGUCCUUCACAGCUCCCCAAGCAGGACUAUGAGGCUCUGCAGGAAAAGUGCCUGAGAAAUGGCUGCCUCUUUGAAGACAGCAGCUUCCCAGCCACCCUGAGCUCCAUCGGCAGAGGGCCCCUGCUACAGAAACUGCCACCCCGCCUGCAGUGGAAGAGGCCACCGGAACUGCACAUCAACCCCCAAUUCUAUUCUGCCAACGCCCGAAGGCUGGAUCUGUGCCAGGGAUUGGUAGGUGACUGCUGGUUCUUGGCUGCUUUGCAAGCGCUGACUUUGCACCAGGACAUCCUGAGCCGGGUUGUUCCCCUGAAUCAGAGUUUCACCAAGAAUUAUGCUGGCAUCUUCCAGUUCUGGUUCUGGCACUUUGGGAAGUGGGUUCCUGUGGUGAUAGAUGACCUACUGCCCGUGGAUGAAGCUGGUCAGCUGGUCUUUGUCUCUUCCACCUACAAGAACUUGUUCUGGGGAGCUCUUCUGGAAAAAGCUUAUGCAAAGCUCUGUGGCUCCUAUGAAGACUUGCAGCGUGGACAGGUGUCUGAUGCCUUCUUGGACUUCACUGGUGGGGUGACAAUCACCAUCAACCUGGCAGAAGCCCCUGGAAACCUCUGGGACAUCCUAACCCGAGCCACCUAUAGCAAAACUCUUAUUGGCUGCCAGACCCACUUAGGGAGCGAGAGGGUGCUGGAGAACGGAUUGGUGGACGGCCAUGCCUACACUCUCAUAAGAAUCUGGAAGGUGACCUGCAAACGCAAGCCUGAGUAUCUAGUCAAGCUGCGGAACCCCUGGGGGAAGGUGGAGUGGAGAGGAGACUGGAGUGACAGCUCAAGUACGUGGGACCUACUGAGCCCCAAGGAGAAGAUUAUGCUGUGGAGAAAAGAUAAUGAUGGAGAAUUUUGGAUGACGCUUAAGGAUUUUAAAGCACACUUCAAGCUCCUGGUCAUCUGUAAGCUGACCCCAGGCCUGCUGAGUCACGAGGUAGGCCAGAAGUGGUCAUACACCAUGCAGGAGGGGAGAUGGGAGAAGGGGACCACAGCUGGUGGCCGCAUGAAGUUGCACCAAGCCCGAGACACAUUUUGGAAGAACCCACAGUUCCUGCUGUCUGUCUGGAGGCCAAAGGAGAGCAGGACAUUGCCGAUGCCCUGCAGUGUGCUGGUGUCCCUGAUCCAGAAGCCCAGGCACAGACACCGCAACCGGAAGCCUCCCCUAGCCAUUGGCUUCUACCUCUUCAGGAUGAGCCAGUUAUUUGAUGACCAGAGGAAACUGCCCCAUGAAUUCUUCUUGAAAACUCAUCCCCUGAGCCUUCCCGAGGAAUUUCUCCAAGAAAAAGAAGUGAGUCGGGAGUUGUGGCUGGAGCCAGGGACGUACCUCAUCGUGCCCUGCACAUCAGAGGCUGGCCAGGAGUCGGAGUUCAUCCUCAGAGUCUUCUCCAAGAAGCACUUCUUCCAUGAAAUUGGCAGCAGUCCCAAAGCUGUCUUCUUUAAGGAAAUAGUAGACCAGGCGGAAGGGCAUGAGAAGUUCUUCGAAUACUUUGAAAGAAAUCCAGAAAUAAAUGCAGCUGAACUGCAGAAGAUCCUGAAUCAGCUGCCCUGGUCAGGUCUGGAGAGCACGCAUCCCCUCUUCAGCCUCGAUGCCUGCCAGGGGAUCCUGGCUCUUCUGGACCUUAAUGCAUCUGGUACCAUGGGUAUCCAGGAAUUCAGAGACUUGUGGAAGCAGCUGAUUCACUAUCAGGUGGUUUUCCACAAGCAUGACAGUAACAGGUCAGGAUGCCUGAACUGGGGACAGCUGCGGGCUGCCAUGAAGAAUGCAGGAAUCGUGCUCAGUGAUGACAUUUGCUACCUGAUGCUCAUCCGCUAUGGUGGCCCCAAGCUCCAGAUGGACUUUGUCAGCUUUGUCCACUUGAUGCUGCGUGUGGAGAAGAUGGAGAGUAUCUUCCAAAACUUAACCCAAGAUGGCAAAGGGAUAUACCUACAGAAGCCAGAGUGGCUGCUGAUGAUUAUGUACUCCUGAGAAGGCUGGAGAGCCACCUGCUUUCACUGAGGACUGUCCACGUGGCCCACGGUAAUUGUGGGCUGAGACAACUGAUGCUUAACUCACUCACUGCACCUCAGGACCAUGGGUCCAGUGGAGAAGACUUCUCUUCCAUAGAUGUCUCCUUUGAAUGGCCACCGUGCAGAAAGCAGAGGGAGGGAGCAAGGACUGCCUUGGACUUGUAAAGAACAGCUCUUGUUCCCUAUGGCUACAAUCUUGUCCCAAGCAGAGACACGUGGCCUAAGCAAUAUGACUCCAGAGUUGUGUCUUAGCCCCUCUGCCACACUGCC